UGCGCUAGUGUGUCAGGCGAACAAAGGGGCUGAGCGCGGCCCCGCGCCCCCUCCACACAGCGGCCGCCCGGCCUCCUCCGCCAGCCCGGCCCCUGCGCUUCAGCCAUUUGCGUCGCCUGGCAUCGCACCGCCGCCCCCCCCCCCCCCCCCCCCCGCUUCUCCUUCCCGGCUUCCCCCGCCAGCUCCCGCUCCGGUGGCCGAGCAGCGGGGCCGCUGCGCUACCGGCAGCGAGGCGGGGCGGAGGGAGCUUCCCCACAGCAAUGAGGGGCUCGCCGGCCGUCGCCGAAAGGGGGAAUGCCUAUGAGGAGCAGUGAUCGGAAGAAACCUUCAUGAAGGUCAUGUAAAGGAAAACUUGGCUAGCAGGGAAUCUCCUUCCAGAAGAGAUUGCAACCACUACCUUCCACUGAAGUAGUUGCACAAGGUGAUGGCCGCUCCGCCGCGGCCGGCAGCCCUCCGCACGGGCGCAGCGCGGCGCCGGCGCAGCUAGCGCGGCUCCAUGGAGGGCAGCGGCGCGGCCGAGGAGGAGGAGAGCGGGGCUGGGCACGGCGCCCCGCCGCCGCCACCGCCGCCCACCCCGGCCGCCCCCUGCGGCUUCAGCUCCUCCCUCUGCUUCAGCGCCUCCGCAGCCGAGCCGCAGCCGCCCGCUGCUGGCGGCCGGGUGGUGGAGAGCCAGUGGGAGAUCAACAACGCCACCUGCCAGCCAGAGGAGGAGGAAGAGGAGGCGGUGGGGACACGGGACCGGCCGGCGGAGGAGCCCGACCUAGUGAUCGAGGUGUCGGGGCGUCGCAUCCGGGCGCACAAGUCGGUGCUGGCGGCCAAGAGCGACUACUUUCGUGCCCGCGCCUCACGGGACGUCCUGCGGGUGAAAGGGGUGAGCUACGGGGCACUGCGGCUCCUUAUCGACUACGUGUACACAGCCCGCAUGGGCGAGGUGCGGCAUGACAACCUGGCCGAGGUGGUGAGCGGCGCCCGCGUCCUCCAGAUGCCUUGCGCGCUGCACUGUGCUGCCGAGGCCAUGCGCGCCCAGCUCCGCCUCAACAACUGCUACCAGCUCCUCUGCCUGGCCAAGAAGCAGCGGCUGGCAGAGCUGCGAGAGGCCGCCUACCGCUUCAUGAGUGACCACUACCUGGAGGUGCUGCGGGAGCCCAGCGUCUAUGGCCGCCUCAGUGGCACUGAGCGGGACCUCAUUCUGCAGCGACGCGUGGAGGCCGGCCGACCUUGCUUGCUGGUGGCCGAGGUUAGUGAUGCCUUCGAGCGGCUGGGUGGUGGCAGCCGGCCACAGAGCCGCGAGAGCAGCCGGCCGCAGAGCCCCUCCUCUGUGGUGUCACUGGAGGAGAGUGGCUCCCUUAUCCACUGCUACCACGAGGCCAGCGGUGAGUGGAGAGUGCUCACACGCCUGCCUGAGGAGGCCAAUGCCAAGGGCUGUGCCAUGUGCGUCCUCCACAACUACCUCUUCCUAGCAGGGGGCAUAGUGGCAGGGCCAGCAGGCAGUGAGCCCCGGGCCCGUCUUUCUGACAAGGUCUUUUGCUACAACCCCCUCACCGACACCUGGAGCCAGGUGCGGCCCCUGGCUCAGCCCCGCUCACAGCUCAAGCUGCUGGCCCUGGAUGGUUACCUCUAUGCUGUGGGGGGCGAGUGCCUCUUCACCGUGGAGAGGUAUGACCCACGGGCUGACCGCUGGAGCCCUGUGGCACCCCUGCCCAAGGGUGCUUUUGCUGUGGCUCAUGAGGCCACCACCUGCAAUGGAGAGAUCUAUGUGUCAGGAGGCUCUCUCUUCUACCGCCUGCUCAAGUAUGACCCCAAGCGUGACGAGUGGCAGGAGUGCCCUUACAACAGCAGCCGACGGCGCUCUGCUGACAUGGUGGCCUUCAAGAGCUUCAUCUACCGCUUUGAUGUGAGCAGUGGCCGUGGCGGGGAGCAGGGCCCAGGUGGUGGGACUGCAGGCGGUGUCGAAGUUUUCCGGUACAACACUGUGGCCAAGCGCUGGAGCCAGUGUGCCAGCCUGCGGCCCAGCGGUGGCCCCAUCCAGCCCUUCCGCUGUGCCCCCUUGGGCAACACCAUCUACUGUGUCAACCGGACCGGCACCCUUCGCUUCAGCCUAGCCCAGGACGGUGAGGUGGAAGCGGAUGGUGGGCUCAAGGGCACCUUUGAUGGGGAGCUUCUUAAAGCUCCCUUGGAUGCCAAGGGUGUCCUUCUACCCUUUGUGCUCACCUUGCCUGAGAGGCUGGACAAAGCAGGGGACCAGGAGGGCUCCCUCCCCCUGUGAAGUGGCCAGCCUGGCUCUGGCUUCCCAAGUGGCAAGCUGGGUUGCAGCUGUGGGGGACCCACAAACUUCCAUCUGCAGAGGGAACCCUCUUUGACAGGUCUGCAGAGAGAAGGGACUCCCUCUUUCCUCCUCUCUGCUCCCAAGAUGUUGAGCCGGAGUUGCUUGGUUGUAACUCUUCCUGUGUUUGCUGUGCUCUGUGUGAAAAGCCAAGCACAUGAAAGGAAAAGCUGCUAUAAAGGAUAAUCUCUGGAUAAUGUUUGUGCCAAUUCCCAAUCUGGGGAAAACUUUUUUACACCUGGAUUUCUAAAAAAAUUCCUGACAACAGUGUCAUAAUGGGACAAUUGGUGUUGGUCGCGUGUUUACAUGUAGCUGCAAUCUGGGCUGGAGCCUUUUCUGCCAUUUGUUUUCUUUCUCUCUGGGGUGAUACUGAGGGAUAAACACUGCUGGCAAUGUAGCUUGGGUGCAUUUGUUUUUAUGUUAAACUAACUAUUUCCUGUGUUAGAAAAGUAUAGGAAGAACUUCUCCAUCACAGCCUUUCAUUUCUGGUGCAAUAGAUAGUUUAAGGAAGAUGUGGCACUGUGUGGUCCCAGGAAUUUCAACCACAAAUGAUUUAACAGAUAGCAGACUUAAAGUUUUGAGUAACACAAAUGUGUGCCACAUGUCUGUAUUUGGAAUACAAAAAAAAAAAAAAAAAAAAAAAAGAAAAAGACACGUAACCUUUUUAAAAUGUGGCGUAUUAUAGCAGAUAUGAAAUGUUGAUAUGUUCUUUAUUUGAAAAAGGCAAUGAUUUCUGUAUAAAAAGACAUCGUUUUAUUACCUUUUUUAACAGAUAUUCUAAAUUAUAACAAAAAUGAACUGAAGCUGUUCAGACUGCAACCGAUUGACAUGACCAUGUAUGCCACUAGAGUUGGGAAAGUAUUUUGUACUUCAGCUGCUCUUUAACUGCAAGUCAAGGAAGAUCAACAUAAACCAAAUGUAAAUUCUCUGAAACUGACUGCAAACAGCUUAAAUGUUUCACUGUAUGUUCAGUAACCUCUGACAAGAGACUUUUCCAACUUAGUGCAAGACCAUCAGAGGAGGCCAUAGAAAAUAGGAAUGUGCUACACAUGUUGAUUAUACUGUGCACUAGCAUGAUGUUAUUUCCCUAUCCUUUGGUUGAGAGACUGCUUUAUUUAUUUCAAUCUAAUGAUUGCUGUAAUCAAUAAGUCCUUGCUAAUUGCAGUACAUGCUGGUGACAUAUGUUGUCAUUGGGAUUCUGAACUGCCCAAAAGGUCUGUUUGUGUAGCAGCAUCCUAAUGAGAGACAACCAUACAAAGCUUCUUCCUGCCCGUGGAAAGCUGGAGCAUACUUUUUGUCAUGUUACUCUGAACUGGAAAAGUGUAAUCCAUCUACGCAGACAGACUGUGUUGAAAAGGGCACAUGCAUUUAUUUUAUACAUUUUAUAUACAUAAAAAAAAUCAAUAGGCAAGGCAAAUGUUUUAGCUUUAUGGUAAAUCACGGAGAAACCCUUUCUGAAAAAGAUAGCCAGUGUUUUUGCUAUUGGUAAUUCAGCCUGGAACUGUGUGGACUGUGGAAGGGAAUAGUUUAUACUCAAAGCUCUAGUAUAGAUUCAUAUUUUAGAAAGAUCUUACAUCAAAGAAAGCAGAUCUUUUUAUGUUUUAUUAAGAUGUUUCUGUUAAACAGGACAUUAGCAUUCUUAUACAUUAUUGCUAGUUCCAAAGGAAGGCAGCAGGCUCUGUCCUAAGAGACACCAUCUACACAAAAUAGAAUAGUGAGUUUAUAGAUAUUUUUUUCCUUCACUUUCAUGUUGGGUUUGUUGUUUUUUUUUUUUUGGGGGGGGGGGUGUCUCCUUUUCUCCAUCUGUCUUGCACAGGGUUUUAAUGCAGCUGAUCUGGUUAGCCAUCCUGUAGAAAACAGCGGUCCAGCCCUGCAAGUUCUUAGCCAAGUGAACCAAUUCCCUAGUGAGCUAAUUAAAGCAUCAGCCAGGUAGCAGCUGUAGGCCUGCAGAGUGUGAUGCUUAUCUUAGCGUCAGUACAGGUUGGUGUGGUGGAAUUUAAUACCACAGAUGGCAUAUUUGUUAAUGAUUCACAAAGAAAUUUAUUUUUUUCACUGAAUGAUGGACUUAAUUCUCAGACAAGAAUCCUUGGAAAUGUUGACUCUACGUUAAAGUACAGCAUUGUAGCUUAAGCAGGAAAGAAAAAUUAUGUGUUACCUUCAGCAUUAUUUUUACUAACCGUAGAAAGUAUUUCAAGCUGUGUAGUGAAACACUUAGGUGUAUACUUAAACUAAAGACAUAAGCACUAAGCCAGAUUUUGAACUAGUAGAGUCACCAGGAACAGACAAGGAAAUGUCUGUUUUAUCUUACAAUAAAAUACUUUUUCAUAGUUCAAAGUAUUAAGUAGUAUAGUUUUUAUACCAUGGCAUAGUGAGGAAUCAAGCCAGCUUUUGCAUUCCUAUUAAUUAAGCAUUAAUUAAGAAUUUUCAUUCCUGCUAAUGCAUGAAAAUGCUUCUAAAUGAGUUUUGGGAAGUCUCCAUGGUUUAAGCUACGAAAAAAGGCCACAGACUUUCAGGAAAGAAUGAAACAUAUCCUUUCUUUCAAAAUUUGUUGCUGUACACCACAAAGAAAUACAUUUGGAAAUAAUCUUUACAGUAAUAAGUGUUCUAUGAACCUGCAGUGGUUUGUAUUUUGCUAGCUCCUAUUGUAAGAGAAGGUUGAAUCAAAUGCUUACCUGCUUUCACUGUUUACACAGUGUAAAUGAGGGCAAAAUCUGGUCUUCAUUAGUAGCUGUCUGUCAAACCUGUUUCUUUUGUACCUCUUUGCCUAAUCACAGCCUGAUGAUUGACAAGAGAGUCAUGUUUCUAGCCAGAUUUCCUACUCUGUGGCCUGUUUCCUCCCUGGUACGCCUGAGGCAGGUUUGCUGAGAGCUGCUUUUUUCCCCCAGUUAUAUCUUCAAUGUAUCCAAAAAAACCCCUAUUAAAUGUGGGUAUUAAACCCAGAAUUUAGGUACGCUUCAGGCAUCUGAACACCAAAAUUGUCAUCCCAGAACUCUCCAGUUGAACUUAACUGUCCCUUUGACAUGUGGAGGUGCUGAGCAGUUCCCCCCACCCAUUCACCUCUGAGCAGUUACAAACCUAUGUAGCUACUGCCUCAACUCCUUUGAAACCAGAUGAUGCAAUACACAGAAGCCACUGGUGUAAAUAUGGUUUUGUGGUACAAACUAAAGGGGCAGGCCACUCUCAAAUUGUGUUUGCAUAUGUUUUGCUUUUAAAACAGCUAUUUUAUCUAUUAGCCUGAAGGCUGCUGUAUUUGCAUGGGAAUGUGGAGAUACUGUUCGUUUUCUUAGCCUUCAAGGAUUCAGUCUGCAUCUCUGGCUGCCUGACUGGCAAUGGAUUGAAGGACCUCUUGGAGCUAAUCCCGGAUGUCUAAAUAUUUAUGUGUUUUGUAUUAUACAUUAUUUGGCUAAAAAUCUCAGAAAUUAUCCAGGUAGGUGAAUUCAAACCCUCAUCCUCACUAAGUGAUCUGAGACUAGCUGGAGAGACAUAGUUCUCUCUGCUGUCUUACUUCUCCAUGAAUCUCACAGUCCCCUUCUCCCACUUUUAAUAGGAUGUGCAGGAGAUAUUUUUUCUGCUUCUUCCUCUCUAAGAGUAAUCCUGUUUUCAAGGUCAUCUGCUAGAGGAUGUUGGCUUGAAUUCCCUUAAGCUGAGUAAGGACUGAACUCAGGCCUCCCACUUCAUGUGUGUGUGUUCUGAAAUCUAGAUGACUGUUUAGAAGAAGAGUAUCAGGACCACGUCCUGCAGCUCUUUUUCAGGAAUGAACCUCAUGCAAAUCCUUCCAAAAGCACACGCGGGCUCCUGCACACUGCGUUCUGGUAGAUUCCAGGUUCCAGCUCCUGGAUGGGUAAUUCAGGACACGUUUAGUGCAUGUUGGUGCAAUUGAACAAGUUUUCUUCUGUGGAAAGCUUUUCCAGACAGGCUUUGUGUUUUGGAUUGCCAGUGUGAGAUGAGGGACUCCGUGCACUGUACUGGGAGGCCAAGCACAUAAUUCAGAUUCUUCUCAGGGGUGACGCCUUGGUAGAGAGGCAUUGCAGUGCCUAAUAUGCAAAUGCCUAAAGCCUUCAUUGCAUCUAAAACUAAAUCCCUGCUUCAGUAAAGAAACAAGCCUUCUUAGUAAAUGCUAAUAAUAGAUGGAACCUUACUAUUUCAAUCUAUUAACUGGUUCCAUAAAAGAAAUCUUAAUUGCAGCAAAGACAUGUGUACAAAUUGUAUUUACACUUGGAAACUAAGUCAAAGAAAUAAUUGGCAAAAGAAUAACCCUACUUGAUCAAAACAGGCACCAUUAAGCAACAUGGGAAGGAUGCUAAUCAUAGUCUGUUAAUGAAUAAAAUUGUGCAGUAGCAGAUGUAAAUUCUGUCCACAAAAAAAAUUCUUUGUAAAUAAGUACCUGGUAAAAUUUGAAGUGGUAAAAGAAUAAAUUAUUCACAUGAAA